AUGAAUACAGUUUUUGGCUCUAUUCCCAUCUUAUUCAGGCAUCCGUCCAUUUAUGGCCUGUCCAGGAUCACCAGUAGCCUGUACCUCAGCAAUGGUACGGCUGCCAAUAACAAGCUCCUGCUCUUCGCCAGCCAAAUCACUACUGUCAUCAAUGUGUCCGUGGAGGUGGUGAACACCUUCUAUCCAGACAUUCACUACAUGCACAUCCCUGUAACUGACACCCCCAUCUCUCGCCUCUACGAUUACUUCGAUCCCGUGGCAGAUAGGAUCCAUAGCGUGGACCUGCAGCAAGGCCGGACACUGCUACACUGCGCUGCAGGCAUCAGCAGGUCAGCUGCCCUGUGUCUGGCCUAUUUGAUGAAGUACCAUGCCAUGUCUCUGGUGAAUGCUCAUGCCUGGGUCAAGUCCUGCCGACCCAUCAUCAGACCUAACAAUGGGUUCUGGCAACAGCUUGUCCAGUACGAGUAUAAACUCUUCGGCACCAAUACAGUCCGAAUGGUCAACUCUCCACUGGGCUUGAUUCCGGAUCUCUAUGAAAAUGAAGUAAGAAUAAUGAUAACGUUUUGA